AUGACCGCCAAGUUCAACCACCAGGACAAGUCCACCUACCCGAAUGGCCGCAACAAGAAGCAGCCCAUCGUCCCCAUCAUUUCGCCGUCGCUGAUGGUGGCGGACCAGACAAAGCUGCUGCAGGAGUCGCUGGACGUGCUGUCUGAUAAGGGUGGCAGCGCCGAUUGGCUUCACGUGGACAUUGUGGACGGUCACUUGGCGCCGAACUUCAGCUUCUGCCCCGCUACAGUUUCGGACCUGCGCAAGCAUCUGCCGAACACGUUCCUCGACUGCCAUCUGGUUGUUUGCAACCCCAUUCGCUGGGUCGACUCUUUUGCGAAGGCUGGCGCGUCAACGUUCGUGUUUCAUUACGAGGCCACCGAGAACCCUGUCGCCGUCUGCCGCAAGGUACGCGAGGCCGGCAUGGUUGCUGGGAUUGCUCUUGCCCCCAACACGCCGGCGGAAGUGCUGUUCCCCAUCAUCGAUGCUGGCGAGGUCGACAUGGCGCUUGUCAUGUGUGUGCCCAUCGGGUUUGCUGGGCAGCAGUUCCAGAUGGAGACGGUGGAAAAAGUGCGCCGGAUGCGUCAGCGUUAUCCUCACCUCCUGAUCCAGGUGGACGGCUCCAUCACACUGGACACGAUUGACCUCGUUGCUGCUGCCGGCGCGAACGCCAUUGUGCCUGGCCGCGCCGCAUUCAAGUCGAAUGACCGCAAGGGCAGCAUGGAGGGGCUCCGCCGCAGCAUCCAAAAGCACAUCGCACAGCGUGCUGCUAGCCACCUGUAG